CAGCCUGGGUAACCUUCCUGGAAAGAUGCAGCCUCUCCUGCUCCUGCUGGCCUUUGUACUGUCCCCUGGGGCAGAGGCAGGGGAGAUCAUCGGGGGACAUGAGGUCAAGCCCCACUCCCGCCCCUACAUGGCAUUGGUUCACCCUCUGAAUGAAGAAAAGAGGAAGGGCUGCGGCGGUGUCCUCGUGCGACAGGACUUUGUUCUGACGGCUGCUCACUGCUGGAGAAGCUCACUCACGGUGACCCUGGGUGCCCACAACAUUAAGAAGCAGGAGAGGACCCAGCAGCUCAUCCCUGUGAAGAAAGCCAUCCGUCACCCACAUUAUAAUUCUAAGACCCUUGCCAACGACAUCAUGAUACUAAAGCUGACAGGAAAGGCUGAGCUGACUGCAGCUGUGCAGCCCCUCAGCCUGCACUGGGGCACAGCCCAGGUGAUGCCUGGAGAGGUGUGCAGUGUGGCCGGCUGGGGGAGAGUCGCCCCAAAUGGCACAGGGUCAGACACUCUGCAGGAGGUGGAGCUGACUGUGCAGCAGGACCGGGUGUGUGAAUCCUACUUUCGCAACUACAACAGUACCACUCAGCUGUGUGUGGGGGACCCGAAGGAAAAGAAGUCUUCCUAUAAGGUGAGACUGG